CGCCGAGCUCCUGACCCCGACACCCUCGCUCCUUGCGCUUCGUCCGACUCGCCCCACGCCGUCUUCUAGCUUCUGCGGCUGCACUACACUCCAGCAGCGCGCUCCGAGGCCGUCCUCCGGCUGCAGCGCGACGCUCCUCUCUCGCCCAUCCACACAGCGACAGCCGCGCCCGAGCUGCGCGUUCGAAUCUCGCCCUCUUGCCGCCUGCGCCCUCUGCGCUCCCUGCUGCUGCCUCGCGCGGCGCACCGGACUGCUGCGCAGACCCCGCCAUGAGCGACGCUGAGCAGCAUGACGCAGCAGAGCGGCCAGCUGCGGACGCGCCCGCCGCCCCGGCACCGGCGCUCGAGGCCACGCCGGCGGAUGAGCACGCAGCUGUUCCCGAGCCAGCUCAGGAGCAGCCGCACGGUGAUGAAGCCGUAGACGAGGCUACAGCUGCAGCUGCAGAUGCUGACGAGGCGGACGCGCCGGCUGCCGUCGCAGAGACGCUGGCCGAGGGCGCCGAGGACGAGGCAAGUCCGGCUCCUGCAGCUGCGCCGCAGUCGAAUGGCGAGGCCACGCCGAAGGAGGAGCAGCACGUCACCGUGCCAGACAUCUCAAUCUCGCGGCCGAGCACCUCCAUUGCGCGUGACGAGGACGGCGCUCAGGCCGCUGCAUCCAGCGACGCGCUCGAGCACCAGCCUCAGCCCGGCGCAGCUGCGAAUGGCGCCGAGCCGGUCGCAGGCGAGGGCCAGGACCUGCCGCCAUUACCGUCGAAGCAGGAUGCGGCCGUGCCAGCGUACCAGCCGAGCGCCUCGAAUGGCGCUGACAGCGCUCCGCCGCCGUCAGAGAGCGUUGCGCCGGCCUCGCGCCGCUCCUCCGUCGCCAGCACGGCCAGCACAGUGCACUCGCGCUCGUCGCUGUCCUCGCUCAACAAGGGCUCUGCCGUCUUUGUCAUCACGGCGCUCGAGACGAUCUCUGCGUCCAAAGAGGCCAAGGGCUCCAAGCCGGCGCCCAAGGCGCUGCGCGAGGCGGCACAGGCGGCGCUCGAGAUGGUGCGCGCUGCGUCCUCUGCGCCGUCGCCUGGCGCGCCCGGCGCCGAGCUGGACCCGCGUGUGGUGUUUGAGCCUCUACGCCUGGCGUGCGGCACGCGCAGCACGACGCUGCUCAUCACGUCGCUCGACUGCCUCGCCAAGCUCGUCUCCUACUCCUUCUUCGCCGAGGACGCGCCGGGCGGAGAGGGCGUCGAGGCGCUAGCCGACGUCGUGACGAGCACAGUGUGCGACACGUUCCACGAUGCGCUCGACGAGCGCGCACAGCUGCAGAUCGUCAAGGCACUGCUGUCUAUCGUGCUUUCCACGAGCGUGCACGUGCACCAGAGCAGCCUGCUCAAGGCCGUGCGCACGACGUACAACAUCUUCCUGCUCUCCAAGAGCGCGCCGACGCAGGCCGUGGCGCAGGGCGCGCUGACGCAGAUGGUGCACCACGUCUUUGGCCGCGUGCCGCGCGCGCCGGCACACCCGAGUCAGUCGGCGCGCGACAGCGAGGGCCUGCUUGGUCCGCCCAAGUCUAGGCGGCCGAAGGCGCCUCUCAGUGGGCCGGGCGAGGAGGCGGCCGCUGGUCCAUCUACGUCGAAUAGAGAGGGGAGCAGCGCCGCAGCUGCAGCGACGGAGGAGGCGGAUGAGGAGGUGAACCUCAAUGAGCCUGUCGAGGCCGCAGAGCAGCCGGCAGAGGAGCGCGUCACGCUUCAAACGCUCGAGACGCGCGCGUCGUUCGAGGGCGCCUCUGAGAGAGAUACGGGCGCGAGCCUGAUGAACCAGGCGCACAUGAGCGAGGGCGAGCUCUUCGUCAAGGACGCUUUUCUCGUCUUCAGGGCGCUGUGCAAGCUGAGCAUGAAGCCGCUGGGUUCGGACAGUGAACGGGAUCUGCGCUCGCAUGCGAUGCGGUCAAAGCUGCUCUCGCUGCACCUCAUCCUGACGAUCCUCAAGUCGCACCUCACCAUCUUCACUGAUCCGAGCGUGGUCAUCCACAGCGCCUCGACCGGCGAGCAGACGGCCUUUGUGCAGGCCGUCAAGCAGUAUCUCUGUCUCAGUCUGAGCCGCAACGCCGUGUCGUCGGUGAACCAGGUCUUCGAGCUGUCGUGCGAGAUUUUCUGGCUCGUGCUGAGCGGCAUGCGCACGCGCCUGAAGAAGGAGAUCGAGGUGCUGCUCAACGAGAUCUUCCUGCCGAUCCUCGAGAUGCGCAACUCGACGGCCAAGCAGAAGAGCAUCCUGCUCGGCGUGCUCAUCCGCCUCUGCAAGGACCCGCAGGCGCUCGUCGAGAUCUACCUCAACUACGACUGCGACCGCACGGCGCUCGACAACAUCUACGAGCGCCUGAUCAACGUCAUCUCGCGAAUCUCGCAGACGCACCUCUCGCCCAACCAGUCGCUCAGCGCCGAUGCCUCUGCCACGUCGACAGCCAGCCAGAAGUCCUCGGCGUCGGGCCCGAGCAUCCCGCCAACCCUCAGCGCGGCCAUGCCGGCGAGCUCAGAGGCGGAGGGCAUCGCCGGCGGCCAGCCCGUCGAGAUCCGGCUGAAGCGCCAGAGUCUCGACUGCCUGUGCUCGGUGCUGCGCUCGCUGGUCAUCUGGUCCGGCCGUGCUGCAUCACUGCAGCAGCAGCAGAGCAGCUACGAUGGCACGAACCCGUCGUCGCCGAGAGCAAGCGAGGACACGCGCGGCGGAGUGGACGAGGCCUCCGUCGAGAGCGGCAUGAACACGCCGUCGUUGUCUCAGUCGCACGACUACUCGGCCUCGCGCAGCAGCGGCCCUGCCACGCCAGACCUGCCGCUCGACGACCCGAACCGCUUCGAGAACGCCAAGGCGCGCAAGACAUCGCUCAUCGAGGGCAUCAAGAAGUUCAACUUCAAGCCGAAGCGCGGCAUCGACUUCCUCGUCGAGCACGGCUUCAUCCGCUCGCGCGAGCCGCCGGAGAUCGCGCGCUUCCUGCUGUACGCCGACGGCCUCAGCAAGGCGCAGAUCGGCGAGUUCCUCGGCGAGGGCGACGCCAACAACAUCCUCAUCAUGCAUGCCUUCGUCGACAUGAUGAACUUUGAGAACAUGCCCUUCACCGACGCGCUGCGGCGCUACCUGCAGGCCUUCCGCCUGCCCGGCGAGGCGCAGAAGAUCGACCGCUUCAUGCUCAAGUUUGCAGAGCGCUACGUCGCCGGCAACCCGGGCGUGUUCGCCAACGCAGAUACCGCCUACGUCUUCUCCUACUCGACGAUCAUGCUCAACACCGACGCGCAUAACCCGCAGGUGAAGCACCGCAUGACGCUCCAGGACUUCAUCAAGAACAACUCGGGCAUCGACGACGGCAAGAGCCUGCCGGACGAGUACAUCGCCAAGGUCUUCGAGGAGAUCCAGACCAACGAGAUCAAGAUGAAGGACGAGGUCGCUGCGCCGCCGACGACCGUCGCUGCGGCGGGCGGCGGCUUUGCCAAUGCGAUUGCCGCGGUCGGGCGCGACCUGCAGCGCGAGGCAUACGUCCUGCAGUCCGAGGGCAUGGCCAACAAGACGGAGGCGCUCUUCCGCACAAUGGUGCGCGCGCAGCGGCGUGUCCACCCGCAGCAGCGCGCCGCCGCCGAGCAGUUCUUCUCUGCGUCGCACUUCGAGCACGUGCGCCCGAUGUUCGAGGUCGCCUGGAUGGCCUUCCUCGCCGGCAUCAGCGGGCCCAUGCAGGAGAGCGACGACAUGGACACCGUCGCCGUGUGCCUCGACGGCUUCCGCGACGCGAUCAAGAUCGUCUGCCUCUUCGGCAUGGAGCUGGAGCGCAACGCCUUCGUCACCACGCUGGCCAAGUUCACGUUCCUGAACAACCUCGGCGAGAUGAAGCCCAAGAACAUCGAGGCCAUCAAGACGCUGCUCGGCGUCGCGCACACGGAGGGCAACUACCUGCGCGGCAGCUGGCGCGAGCUCCUCACGUGCGUCUCGCAGCUCGAGCGCUUCCAGCUCAUCAGCGGCGGCGUGGACGAGCGGCAGUUGCCCGAGCUCGGGCGGAGAGGUGCCGCGCCCGCGCCGUCCAAGGCGACCCCGGCGCGCCACGCGCUGCCGACCGACGAGGUUGUGCAGGCCGGCGGCUCGUCGGAGGUCACCGUGGCCGCCGACAUGGUCUUCUCGUCGACGCCGCACCUGUCUGGCACGGCGAUCGUCGACUUUGUGCAGUCGCUAUCCGACGUCUCGUGGGAGGAGAUCCAGUCGAGCGGCAUGACGGACAGCCCGCGCCUCUUCUCGCUGCAGAAGCUCGUCGAGAUCUCGUAUUACAACAUGUCGCGCAUCCGCAUGGAGUGGUCCAACAUCUGGGCGAUCCUGGGCGCGCACUUCAACCAGGUCUGCGUGCACCAGAACCCGCGCGUGUCCGCUUUCGGCCUCGACUCGCUGCGCCAGCUGUCCAACCGCUUCCUCGAGAAGGAGGAGCUGCCGCAUUUCAAGUUCCAAAAAGACUUCCUCAAGCCAUUCGAGUACACGAUGCGGAACAACCCGAACGCCGAGGCCAAGGAGAUGGUGCUGCAGUGCCUGCAGCAGAUGGUCGCGAGCCGCAUCCACAACAUGCGCUCCGGCUGGCGCACGCUCUUCGGCACGUUUGGCGCCUCGUCGAAGGCCUCCGAGCGCGUGGCGACGUACGGCUUCGAGCUCGUGCGCCAGCUCAACGCCGAGCACUUCGGCGAGAUCAUCAAUGCCGGUGCCUUCGCGGACCUCACUGUCAGCCUCACCGACUUUGCCAAGGCGACGCACGCGCAGAAGCUCGCGCUGCAGAGCGUCUCGAUGCUGCGCGGCGUGGUGCCGGCGAUGCUCGAGGCGGCCGAGUGCCCGCUGGACGUCGAAGCCGACCCGGGGCCCGCCGCCGCGACGCCAAUGUCCGACGAUCCGAUGGUGCGCUUCUGGUUCCCGUCGCUCUUCUCGUUCUACGACAUCAUCAUGAACGGCGACGACCUCGAGGUGCGCCGCGUGGCGCUCGACUCGCUCUUCGAGAUACUCAAGCGGUACGGCUCGACGUUCCGGCCCGACUUCUGGGACACGGUCUGCCGCGAGGUGCUCUUCCCGAUCUUCGCCGUGCUGCGCUCGCGCUCCGACGUCACGCGCUUCAGCACGCAGGAGGACAUGAGCGUGUGGCUCUCGACGACGAUGAUCCAGGCGCUGCGCAACCUCAUCGACCUGUGGACGUUCUACUUCGAGACCCUGGAGCGCCUGCUGCCGGGCCUGCUCGACCUGCUGUGCGCCUGCAUCUGCCAGGAGAACGACACGCUUGCGCGCAUCGGCACCUCGUGCCUGCAGCAGCUGCUCGAGAAGAACGUGCACAAGCUGAGCGGCGAGCGCUGGACGCAGGUCGUCGACACGUUCGUGCAGCUCUUCCGCACGACGACGGCACACCAGCUCUUCGACCCGGCGCUGCGCGCCGAGCAGGUCUUGACGAGUCCGUCGAGCGCUCGCUCCGACCUGCCGACGCCGAAUGGGCUUGUGCCGGCGCCUCUCUCGCCCGGCGUGCCCGGCCUGGCGCCGAUGCCGUCGUCCGCGCUGAUGACGCAGUCGACACGGCGCCGCGCAUUCAAGCAGAUUAUCGUCAAGUGUGUGCUGCAGCUGCUGCUCAUCGAGACGACCAACGAGCUGCUGCAGAAGGGCCCGGUGUACGACCUCAUCCCGCCGGCCGAGCUGCUGCGCCUCACGCACGUGCUCGACGACAGCUACCGCUUCUCGAAGCGCUUCAACGCCGACAAGAACCUGCGCAUGGCGCUGUGGAAGGUCGGCUUCAUGAAGCAGCUGCCAAACCUGCUCAAGCAGGAGAGCAGCGCCGCCGCCACGCUGGUGCAUGUGCUCGUGCGCAUGCACGGCGACGCGCGGCCAUCGCACCGGGCGCUGCGUGCCAGCGUGCGCGACAAGCUCGUGCCGCUGGCCGAGGAUGUGGUCAACUCGUACCUGCCGCUUGACGUAGAGACACAGGCGCGCAACAUCACCGCCUGGACGCCCGUCGUGGCCGAGGUCUUCUCGGGCCUGUGUCUCUUCGAGGACGCGCCCGACGAGCAGGCGGACCCCGAGGGCGGCGUCUUUGCGCGCUACGCCUCGACGUUCUACCCGCUGGCCGUGGACCUGCUGGGGCGCGACUCGCUGGCGCCCGAGCUGCUCGGCAGCCUGCACCGCUACUUCCGCAAGUGCGGCCUCGCCACGCUGCAGUUCCCGCUCUUCACCGAGGCGAGCGAGCAGGCGCGCCGGCAAAAGGUGCUCGAGGCGCGCGAGCGGGAGCGCGUCAAUCCGCGCGACGCCAUCGCCACGCAGCCGCAGCCGUCGUCCAGUUUCGGACAGGUCAUGGACACACCGCUCAACGCUGGCGCCGGCGUUGUGGAGCCGACGCUGGUCCAGGCCACCGCCCCCAGCGCACCUGCCGCUGCCGCGUCUGAGGUGCCGGCGGCGCAAAUAGCCUCCGACCUGGUGGGCCUCUCCGAGCCCGGCGCCGUGUCAGACCGGCCCGUCACCCCUUCGCAUGCUCCCACACCCCCUGCCAUCUCGGACGGCGACGAUGCCAGGCAGCUUGUUGCGCCCGUGGACGGCUCGGCGCCCUAGACCGGGCCUGGGCCGUGUGAGCGCGGAGACAUCGAUAAUCUUUUUCUCUCUUGGCCUGAGCGGGUGGGCCCCAGAGCGUGAUACCUGGCUGUGACCCCUGGACACAGAGGUGCGGUGCUUGGGCUUGCUUGUGCGGUCCGGCUCGGCGUGCCAAGACAGCUCGUGAGCGCAGGAGAGCGGCGCUGCGGCGCGUGGGAACAUGAAGCCGCGGAAGAGUCGCUCUCGCGCGCUUCCUCCUCUUGCAGCGCUGCGCGUAC